CCCGGAUGACUUUGGUCGAGAGCGAUCCUUCCUGGCCAACAGUCAGUCCCUCUCCUCUUACAAGGAAGAACGUAAACCAUGGCCGGAAAGACACUAGGCCGAUCAUCGGGCUCUCUCAAUGCCCCAAUAGCCGCCUUCACCAUGGCCCUACUACUUGGCUCCUACUGCAUCAAAUCCAUCCACACCGCUCGUCGCGAGGCACAAUCCACGUCAAGCACCACAACCACUACGCCCCGACCUAGGAAGGCAGAGUCGCAGUCUUCAUGGGUACAGCAGGCACUUGAAGAAAGUCGAGAGGGGGAGAAGAAGGGGUCUCAGUGAUAGAUCUGGGGCAGAACUGAGCGUAAAUCUUACAAGCUACUAUGCGUUGUACAUACUGUUGUAAUUGCUGUCUGGAUAUCUGGGACA